CCACGGCUGCAUUUUAUUUUGUCAAAAAAAUCUGUAAAAAUAGCAAUAUUACAAUUUAAAAUAACUGUUUUCUUUUUAAUCUAUUACAAAAUGUAAUUUAUUCCUGUGAUGUAAAGCUGAAUUUUCAGCAUCAUUACUCCAGUCCUCAGUGUCACGAAAUCAUUCUAAUAUGCUGAUUUGCAUAUGCUGAUUUUGCAUAUGCUGAUUUUUUAUUUUUAUUUUUUUUAUCAAUGAAGUAAAAACAUUAAUCCACUUCAAGAUAACGAUAGGUGAUCAGGUACAGUAUUUAUACUUUUGUUAAGGUUGCUAUCUUCCCUCUGCAUGUGAGUCCACCAGACAUGUUUCAGACACAUCACGAGGUUUUAAUGAAACUCCACUAUAUUUGUCCUGCAGAAAGAUCAACAGACACGCUGCUGUUGGACUUUAGUCUCGGUUCUAUCAAUUGGACAUGGUAAGCGUUAUAUAAAUUCUCGAAAGAGGGAGCUCUUGUGUCUGUCUGACUCUACAGAUAUGGAGACUCAGUCUUCACAGGACUUUCAGGACUUGUGCACUUUUGAGAGUUUUAAGGGUUUCUGGCACUAUUACGGUUACGGCGUUGAUCAACAAGAACUGAUCGAUCGGGAAUUUAAACGGAUUAAAGGUGUUGCAUACCUUGAUCAUGCAGGGACAACGCUAUUUCCUGAAUCUCAGAUUAAAGGAUUUCAUGAUGAUAUAUCUAGGAAUGUUUAUGGCAAUCCUCACAGUCAUAAUCCUAGCAGUAGACUAACACAUGACACUGUGGAAAGUGUCAGAUACAGGAUACUGGAACAUUUUAAUACACGUCCUGAAGAGUACUCUGUGAUUUUCACAUCAGGAUGUACUGCAGCACUGAAAUUAGUGGCUGACACUUUCCCCUGGAAGGCCGCAUCAAAUGAGGGGCCAGGAAGUCAGUUCUGCUAUCUCACUGACAACCACACCUCUGUGGUGGGCAUUCGCGGUGUGACCGCACUCCAGGGAGUUGGCACAGUUUCUGUUCUACCUCACGAAGUGGAGAGAAGAGCGAGAAAACCCCCGACACAGACAAAUGGAGAGGAGUGCUCUGCACCUCAUCUUUUCUGUUAUCCUGCCCAGAGCAACUUCUCAGGCAGAAAGUAUCCUCUGAGCUAUGUGAAGGGAAUUCAGUCUCAGCAGCUCUAUCCAGCAUGUGAGCACCGCGGUCGAUGGUUUGUUCUCCUGGAUGCUGCCUGUUUUGUAAGCUGCUCACCUCUGGAUCUAAGCCAAUAUCCCGCUGAUUUUGUGCCAAUAUCUUUCUACAAAAUGUUCGGCUUCCCGACUGGACUCGGAGCCUUGCUGGUGAGGAAUGAGGCUGCUGAGGUUUUGAGAAAAACUUACUUUGGAGGAGGGACAGCAGCAGCUUAUCUUGUGGCAGAUAACUUUUUUGUACCAAAGCCAAAUGUAGUCAGCAGGUUUGAGGAUGGCACAAUCUCCUUCCUUGACAUAAUUUCUCUCCAUCAUGGCUUUGAAACACUUCAGAAACUUACAGGCAGUAUGCUGAACAUUCAGCUUCACACAUUUGGAUUAGCUCGCUACACCUACAUUGUCCUCUCUUGUCUGUGUCAUAGCAAUGGAAAACCUGUGGCACAGAUCCACUGUGAUAAUGACUUUCAGAAUAUUGCUGAACAGGGUGCAAUCCUCAACUUUAACCUGCUGGACUGUCAUGGACGAACAGUAGGGUAUUCUCAGGUGGACAAAAUGGCUAGUCUCUUUAAUAUUCAUAUUCGCACAGGCUGUUUCUGCAACACAGGAGCCUGCCAACAUUAUCUGGCUAUCAGCAACCAAAAUGUGAAAAGUAAUUUGCAUGCCGGUCACAUCUGUGGAGAUAACAUUGAUCUGAUUGAGGGACGUCCCACAGGAUCCAUCCGUGUGUCUUUUGGAUACAUGUCUAGUUUUGAGGACUGUCAGAACUUUCUUCGGUUUGUUGUGAACUGUUUUGUGGACAAACCUCUAAUUUUGGACCAAAAGAGACUAACCAAGCUCAAGUCAGCUGAACUGAUGGAGUCAGCGGCAUCUUAUGACCUAGCAUCAUUACCAAAUGGCCAACUAGGGCAUGAGAAUGGGCAGACUAUCACUCCUUCACCUGAGAGAAUAACACCAUCUGAAGACACAGUGUCAAAAGAAGGAAAGAACAAUGGCAGUAUCCACACACUAACAAAUCUCUUCAUCUAUCCUGUCAAAUCAUGCGCAUCAGUUGAGGUGACAGAGUGGCCACUGGGACCCCAGGGUUUGUUGUAUGACCGUUUGUGGAUGGUUGUGAAUGAGAAUGGAGUUUGUCUGAGCCAGAAAAGAGAGCCAAAGCUGUGUCUCAUCCGCCCUAUCAUCUGUCUGGCCUCUAACACACUGCAGCUGCAGGUCUCAGGCAUGGAGCCAGUCACUGUUCCCUUGGAGACCAGUCUAGCAAAUUCAGAUCUAAGAACAUCCCAGAGCAAAGUUUGCGGUGACAGGGUACAGACAGUGGAUUGUGGGGAGGAAGUUUCAACCUGGCUUUCUGAGUUUCUGGGAAAACCUUGUCAUCUUAUAAGGCAGAGACCUGAAUUCCUGCGUGAUAUGAAAUUAGGACCAGAAAAAGCGGGGAAUUUUGGUCCCACUGCUCUCUCUCUGGUGAAUGAGGCUCAGUUUCUGCUUAUUAACAGAGCCAGCGUGUCUUUUCUGCAAAAACACAUUGCCAACAGACACAGUAGUGAGAAUGAGGGAACAUGGCAUGACACGGAGCAGCUCAUCCAGCGUUUCAGGGCAAAUCUGGUAAUUUCUGGACAGGAGGCGUUUGCAGAAGACGACUGGUCUCACUUGACAGUAGGAGACACACAGUUUCAGGUGACUGGGAGAUGUGGCCGCUGUCAGAUGAUUGGAGUUGAUCAAAAAUCAGCCUCUAGAACCCAGGAACCCCUUCGGUCUCUUUCUGAAUGCAGAAGUGGAAAGGUGACUUUUGGUGUUUACUUGGCUCACCAGUCAGCAAGGAACACUUCUGCUGUCCCCGUCUUAUCUGUAGGGGCCCGCGUUAUUCCACAAAUAUCAGAAUCUACUGAUAAACCUUAGAAUUAUUUUUUUAUUUUAGUCUGAUUUUUAAACUAAAACAGUCACAUUUUAUUUAAAUGCAUGUAUUUUAUGUGAUAUAUUUGUACAGACUUUUUUGCAUAUUUAAUAUGAAAUAUAUUACAUUUUUGUGUCUUGUAAACAUGCUAUUUAGCUAUAGGAGCUAAAAAAUUCCACUAUUUUACAGUUUAAAAAAUUUAGCCUUUUCUUAGAUAUCAGGGCCUGUAUUCACAAAACGUUUUAUCUUACCACUAAGAGUUCUCCUAAAUUGCAGUAAAAGUUUUUAGCUAAGAGUUUUCUCUUAAAACCUAUUCACAACGCUGCUGAGACAAACUUUUACUAAGGAAUAGACAGAAGUCUUAAGCUCAGAGUAAGGGGGCGGGGUUGACCUCGUUGCUAUGGAUGGUGUACUAACUAUGCACACAGUGAUUGGCUGAUAGUCUCUGUCAGAGAUUUAUUCAUAGAAAUAUUGUAGAGUGCAAUAUGUUACUGUAUCAAUUGCCACAUUCAAAUAAAGAUUUUAAAAUGCAGGAUAAGUGUCACUAAUUAAACAAGUAUAUUUUCAGCUAAUUGUCAGCCUCUUACAUGUGUGCUUCUCAAAAACAAUUAGUGUAUAUGCAUAUAAAUAGCCUUUUAAUUAAUAGAGUAGGGUAAUCGUGGCUGAUAAUACAUGCAAAUGUAAAAAAAAAAAAAAGGAUAUAAUCAAAAGGAAAAUUUGAAGUUGGGAUAACCUCCAAAACCAAAGGCGAUACCUUUUUAAAAGCACAUUAUCAUCAAAUGUUUCUAAAAUGUUCACGUUCCGAGGCAGAUUGCCGGCAACAGACAUUUUAGGAUAGUUUGUCGUUUUGGUCUUUUUAGUGACUCAGGAGUACUUUUCACUACUCGUAACCUUUCACAGAUUUCAGAGCUAGUUUUAGCACUAAACGUUUUGUGAAAUACUCUUUAGAGCAAAAAUUUAAGAGUCCUAAAUUUAGGAUUGACACGGCCAUUAUUUUUAAGAUUUUCUCCUAAAUCUGCGAGUUAUGAGCUACUUUUAGCCUUAAGUUGUUUUGUGAAUACGGCCCCAGAUCAUGUUAGACUUGCAUCACUGCUGUGAAUACUUGAGGAAGUACACAUUUUCUUCUACAGAACAUUUCCUCAAUAUAAUUAUCAUGCUAUCUCCUUGCAGAGGAUGUAGCAAUGAUUGCAUAUUUAGAAUAGGCCUGAAAAGGAUGUGGUCUGUCAAAUUUAGCUAAUUAUUUUAACUAAUUAAUCAACACCAUAGGAUACAUGUAGGAAGUAUAACAUCAUGAAAGUAUGUUUAGGCUGAGUUAAACCAAGAGUGUAAUUAGUCUUACAUCACAGCAGGGGCAAAUCUACCAGGGUGGCAGCUGUGCUAUAUCACAGAAAUAUAAAUGUAAGCAGUGUUUCAUGUGCUACUUUUC